CCGAGUGGUUUUACCUUGCUCAGUGCAAGAGUAUCAGGUCGGGCAACUUUAUUCUGUGGCAGAAGCUAGCAAAAAUGAAACAGGAGGUGGUGAAGGAAUUCAAGUCUUAAAAAAUGAGCCUUAUGAAAAGGAUGGCGAGAAGGGACAAUAUACUCACAAAAUCUAUCAUUUAAAGAGUAAAGUCCCUGGGUUUGUGAGGAUGAUUGCUCCAGAGGGCUCCCUGGUGUUCCACGAGAAGGCUUGGAACGCGUACCCCUACUGUAGGACAAUUGUGACAAAUGAAUACAUGAAAGAUGACUUCUUCAUAAAAAUUGAGACCUGGCAUAAACCAGAUUUGGGGACGUCAGAAAACGUGCACAAUUUAGAUCCUAACACGUGAGAAGUUGUCCAUAUUGACAUUGCAGAUCGAACUCAAGUAGAACCAGGAGACUACAAAGCUGAUGAAGACCCUGCAUUAUUCCAAUCAGUUAAGACAAAGAGAGGACCUUUGGGGCCAAACUGGAAGAAGGAGCUAGCAACUGAUGAAGAGUGUCCUAAAAUGUGUGCUUACAAGUUGGUGACGAUCAAAUUUAAAUGGUGGGGCCUGCAGAACAAGGUUGAAAACUUUAUACAGAAGCAAGAAAAAAGGAUAUUUACCAACUUUCACCGCCAGCUCUUCUGUUGGAUUGACAAGUGGAUUGAUCUGACUAUGGAAGACAUUAGGAGGAUGGAAGAUGAAACCCAGAAGGAGCUGGAAGCGUUACGUAACCAAGGCCAAGUCAGAGGAACAAGUGCUGCCAAUGACGAAUGAUGAUGGACUGAGCCGUCACCCGCAGUGUCGCUAUACAAACGUGUGUGUGGAUGCAUGAUUAUUUGUAUAUAAUUCUAUAUACGCACAUGCAUACUGAAGGGGGUUGCUACAGUGUCUCCAGGGUGCUACACCUGUCCUCAGCAGAGAUCCCAAGGAAACCGCUUUCAUUAUGUAUACCUGAAGCAAAUAAAAAUCAACCGAAUAGUGUCAUUUAAAGGAUGAAUUAACUGCAGAAUUAUACUAACUGGUAUGUUUCAUGAAUGUUGAUACUGGACCAAUUUAUCCCCUACUUGUUUUUUUUUUACCCCGUGUUGAGUCACUCGGCUCUAACUUGCCCAUAGCUCGUUGUAAAGAAACGGAUUCGAAUAAGUUGAUUUCAGUUUUGUGUCUUCCCUACGUGAUUAUUUUUGGAAUAGGAACAAUGAAUGUAUUUAUAGCUAUUUAUUUCUGGAUUGUCAUUAUCCUAUAGUCAAAUCAGAAAAAUAAUUUCUAUUAGUGGAAAUUGGAAGACUUCUGCUGUCGAAUAAGUUUAACCCAAACUUGACCCAUUCACUGAUUUAAAAGAAAAGAAAUCAUGUUUUACUGGACUUUUGUACAUUGAAAUGCUAAUGUUUUUUCUUCAUUAAAAUUGGCAAGAUUAAGGAAAAA